AUGCAUGGAGGUGACGAUGCGAAUAAGUGUGAUAGCACUCAGCUACUCACAGAUAAUCUCCAGGAGCCUAGUGAAGAGUUGUCUGGAACUAGCCCCAAAAAAUCCGUAGAACGUAUUCCAGCUGAUAGAGCAAAAAACAUCACAAAGAAACCAGGAUUUGUAUAUUUGCUAGUAACGAUAGACUACGUGAAAGGACCACGUUUUGGCUUAGGGAUCAAGCAUCACAAAGAUAAAGUGGUGGUCAGCAAGUCAGAGAAAGGAUCAUUGUGUGGUGAUUUGCUGAAGAGAUUGGAUCGGAUCAUAGAUGUGAAUGGUACUGAGGUUGCAGACAGGGAUGUGUGCAGAGAAAUGCUGAUAAAAUCACUCAAGAGAACAAACAAAGUCACAUUGGUGAUUGAACGACCGGUGAAGAAAGAGGCCAUAGAGGCCAUGGAGGACUACCUUGCUGAUGCUUGUCGCCAAUCAUUACCUUCGUCUCCUACUCCUAACGUAAAUAACAUUAAAGUACAAAAUGUUCUAAGUAGCAUUAUUCAGAGGAAAGCAAACAAUAGUCAUAGGAGUGAUAGUAUUGGUAAAGGGAAGAGUCUUGCUUCCAAAAAACUUAACAGUAACGAGAAAAAUGAUAGUCCUGAAAAAGGGCGGAGUCUUAGUCUUCGGAAAAAACAAAGCGAUAGCAUUCAUAAAGGGAAGAAUGCCGGUUUUCGUAAGUUGAGAUCAGGUGACAAGCUCAUCGAUAACUUAAGAGAAGUUUACAAGUCAAUGCGACGCGAACCAUCCGAUAAAACUAUGAGAGAACACGAGAGUCCGGUUCUAGUGAAAUCCAAGAAGGGCAACAGUCGUCUAAAAAUAAAGCGCAAAUCAGAAAUUCAUGGAUAA